AUAACAAAUUCAUUAUAAGCAGUCAAUUAUGUACAACAUACGUUUGCUGCGGCAGCUGCGGUGGUUCGGCGGCCACCACCGCCUGAUGGCCAGCCAGCACAAGCGACCCCAGCUGCUAGGCAGCGUGCCCUCCGACCAGCUAGAGCAGCUGAAGAGCAACUACUUCGCUCGGCGGCAGGAACUAAGCGGCGAUGAGUGGCAGAGCGUGCGGCACUCGCUGAUCGAGGGCUACAAGCACAUCAAUGACCACAACGUGGACGCCGUCAUCCUGGGCGUGUGCAGCGGUCCCCAGCAGCUGUCGCUGGCCAAGAACUACGUGGAUUACCUCAGGAGCACCGGAGCCGGACCAAAUGCAGCCACCCUGGGACGCCUACUGCGCGUCUACAACACGGCCUACCACACACGGCCGCUCAGCGAGGCGGAGCAGCGGGAGAUCCUCCAGAUCUGCGACUCGCUGCAGGCAGCCCAUGAGACACUAGACGCCACCAGCUGCGAGCAGGUGAUCCACGGGCUGGUGGCCACCACAGAGCACUGGCAGCGUGCCCUCCCACUGCUGGAGAUGAUGAAGGUGACUAGCACGCCCAGCGUAUCCGCCUACAGUGCCCUGGCCGAAAAAGCGUUUGGCCAAAGCGACCAGGCGGAGGAGGCCUGGCGCCUACUCGAGGAAAUGACUCUGGCCCGCAAGCAGCCCAGGUGCGAAGUGUACCUCGCCCUGCUCAACCGUCUCGCCCAGGAGCCAGCAGCCACCUCUAGCCUGAGAGUCGAACUGGAGCGCCUGCUGCAGUUCCUCGAGCGCCACAACAUCCUCGUCAGCCAGAAGGUGGCCCAGCGGCUGCUCCAGCUAGGCCAGCAGCUGCCACAACAGCUGCGAGUGACCGCCAGCCGUCUGGGGCCGUUGGGCAAGUGCCAGGAGUGCCGGCAGCAUCUGCAACCGGUAGCCAUCAGCGACGAGGAGUUCCGGCAGCUGAGCGAGUGCUUUCUGGAGAAGGUUCUGAUACGGGGGGACGUGUUCCAGAAGUCCACACCCGAGGAGGUGCUGCGCUUCAAGCAGUACGUGGAGAAGACUGCCCCCUACGACUGUGUGAUCGAUGGCCUCAAUGUGGCCUACUCCACCGGCGCGAAGAAGGCACCCCAGCAACUCGCGAAGCUCCUGGCGACGGUAGUGCGUCACUUCAAGGAGCGACACAAGCGUGUAUUAGUCCUGGGCCGGGAGCACAUGCGGAAAUGGUCCAAGUCGGCCAUGCACUAUGUGCAGAACAAUGCCAGCCUCUUUCUCACCAACAAUCUAUCGCACGACGAUCCCUUUCUGCUGUACGCAACGAUAAGGAGCGGACAGGAGACUGACUUCUUCUCAAGGGACCUGAUGCGCACCCAUGCCUUCCUGCUGGGAGCCGAACUGAAGCCCAUCUUCCGACGCUGGCAGCAGGAGCACCAGUUCUCUCUGGUCACCCAAACACAGACGGGCAAGAUCAUUGUCAAAGAGCCCAUCCGGCAUCGCCUCUCCGUCCACCAGGCGGAGGGUGGGUCCUGGCAUGUGCCGUACUGCGAUGUGUACACCCCAAAUCCCACCGACAGCUUUGACGUGCCGGAGCACUGGCUGUGCCUCAUCCUUAAUACUUAAUAGAUUCUCACAUGUGUGUCCGCGAUUCAUUGGACAAUAGAAAACCCAUACAUGGAGCGCAUCCCUCGAA